AGAUGGCUGCGGAGAGCACCGGGGCGGCCCCGGCUGCUGUGCCGUCGUGUUUGGAGGGGAAAGGCCCCGGGGAGCGGGCGGCCAUCCUCCACCAGCACCUCGGCCGCAGGGAGAAGACCGACGUGAUCAUUGAGACCAUCCAGCCGCGGCCAGAUGAAACAAAAGCUGCCAUGGAAGGAAGAAAAUCUUCAGAGGCUGCAUCUGCCGAGGACAAAAAUAAACAUGACGAUCAAAGUAAAGAGCGCGAGGCUGCUCCAGACUCGCCUUCAAAACAGCUCCCUGACCAGAUUUCCUUCUUCAGCGGGAAUCCCUCAGUUGAAAUCGUUCACGGCAUUAUGCAUCUGUACAAAACAAACAAGAUGACCUCUUUAAAAGAAGACGUAAGGCGCAGCGCCAUGCUGUGUAUCCUCACGGUCCCUGCUACGAUGACCAGCCACGACCUGAUGAAAUUUGUGGCUUCUUUCUAUGAAGUAAUUGAACACAUGAAAAUCAUCCGAGAUUCCACUCCAAACCAGUACAUGGUGCUGAUAAAGUUUAGCUCGCAGGCUGAUGCAGAUAGCUUUUAUAUGGCGUGCAAUGGCCGGCAGUUCAACUCUAUAGAGGAGGAUGUUUGCCAGCUGGUGUACGUGGAAAGGGCUGAAGUCUUCAAAUCAGAAGAUGGGGCCAGCCUGCCUGUGAUGGAUCUGACAGAGCUCCCGAAGUGCACGGUGUGCCUGGAGAGGAUGGAUGAGUCCGUGAACGGGAUCCUUACCACCCUGUGUAACCACAGCUUUCACAGCCAGUGUCUGCAGCGGUGGGAGGACACCACGUGUCCUGUCUGCAGAUACUGCCAAACGCCUGAGCCAGUGGAAGAGAACAAGUGUUUUGAGUGUGGAGUUCAAGAAAACCUUUGGAUCUGCUUAAUAUGUGGGCACAUAGGCUGUGGCCGGUACGUGAGUCGACACGCUUACAAACACUUUGAGGAGACCCAGCACACCUACGCAAUGCAGCUGACCAACCACAGAGUCUGGGACUACGCUGGAGAUAACUACGUCCAUCGACUGGUUGCAAGUAAAACCGAUGGGAAGAUAGUUCAGUAUGAGUGCGAGGGAGAUAUGUGUCAGGAAGAGAAAAUAGAUGCCUUGCAAUUAGAGUACUCGUAUUUGCUAACAAGCCAGCUGGAAUCGCAGCGGAUCUAUUGGGAAAACAAGAUUGUCCGUAUAGAAAAGGAUACGGCUGAAGAGAUUAACAACAUGAAGACCAAAUUUAAAGAGACCAUUGAGAAGUGUGACAGUCUGGAACAGAGGCUGAAUGACUUGCUCAAAGAAAAGCAGUCUGUCGAAAGGAAGUGUUCUCAGCUGAAUAACAAAGUGGCGAAACUUUCCAACGAGCUGAAGGAGGAGCAAGAACUGAAUAAGUGUUUGCGAGCGAAUCAAGCCUUGCUUCAGAACAAACUAAAGGAGGAGGAGAGAGUGCUAAAGGAAACCUGCGAACAGAAGGACCUGCAGAUCUCCGAGAUCCAGGAGCAGUUGCGGGAUGUCAUGUUCUACUUAGAGACACAACAGAAAAUCAAUCACCUCCCAGCUGAGACCCGACAGGAGAUUCAGGAAGGACAGAUCAACAUUGCAGUGGCAUCUUCCGCCAGCUCCUCCGCAGGGGGAACGGGCAAACCUUCUUCCAGGAGAGGCCGUGGCAAGAGGGGCAAAUGAAAACCGGAAUGCCCUGCUCCCAUCCUGAAACUGGCCGUGCUGGUGGUAGGCCAGGCUCACCUCUCGGGACUCCAGCUGGGGACGCCCAGUUCACUGAAGCUCAGCUAGAAAUUGUCGUCAGAACUGCUCAUAAAACUGGCUGCCCGUCAAUGGAGGUGUCUGUGGUUAUUUAAAAGCAUUUUCACUGCACUAUUUAGCUAUUUUUAGGCAGAUCUUAAGGAUCUUUUUGCCUUCCUACCUUUUCAAAGCCCCUCCUGUCAUGCAUUUGACUUUCUUCUUGGAGAGUGUACUGUUUGGGGUGGGUGUGUACGUGUUAAAUAUCGCAUUCCCUACGGGGAUGCUGCAGAGGAGGUUAGGCCCAGUGUGUGAGGCUUCUCCAGUGCUUCUCCUGGAUUAAAAGAGUAUUCUCAAUUAAGAAAUGAUUUUAUUUAAUGAACAGUGUAAAUUAGAUUGUAUACAUCUCCUUUUAGUAUGUGCGGUCCUGAUGCUGCAGAACUGCUAGUGCGGGAGUAGAACUGUAGUUUGGAAACAAAGGAAAAUAAACCAUCUUAGUGGUGAAAAUAACCCAUCUUAGUGGUGUAAAACUGGACGAGUUCUCAAGGCUUGUAACCGAGGAUAUUAAACGCUUUAAGGGACUUUCCUAUUAUCUCUUUCUUCAUUUUAAAGAUGGCUUUUGAAAGGCCGGUGCUUGCUGCCUUUCGGGCAGAAAGCAUGGAAGUUUUACAUUCUGGAAGGUGUUUAACGUGGCUGUUUUACAGGCACUUCUACAAAUUAAGUAGAGCCAUCUUUG